CUUCGGUUCAAAGGGCAUCUGGCCUGGGCCUCACGGCGGCAUUCCGGGGCGCCCGGGAGUCGGGAUGCCUCGCUACGCGCAGCUGGUUAUGGGCCCCGCCGGCAGCGGGAAGAGCACCUACUGUGCCACCAUGGUCCAGCACUGUGAAGCCCUCGGCCGAUCUGUCCAGGUGGUGAACUUAGAUCCUGCCGCGGAGCAUUUCAACUACGCCGUGAUGGCCGACAUCCGGGAGCUGAUCGAGGUGGACGAUGUGAUGGAGGACGGCUCCCUGCGCUUUGGUCCCAAUGGAGGACUGGUGUUUUGCAUGGAGUACUUCGCCAAUAACUUUGACUGGCUGGAGAGCUGCCUUGGCCACGUCGAGGAUGACUACAUCCUUUUUGACUGUCCAGGUCAGAUUGAGUUGUACACACACCUGCCCGUGAUGAAACAGCUGGUUCAGCAGCUGGAACAGUGGGAGUUCCGAGUCUGUGGAGUGUUUCUUGUUGAUUCUCAGUUCAUGGUGGAGUCGUUCAAGUUUAUUUCUGGCAUCUUGGCGGCCUUGAGUGCUAUGGUAUCUCUAGAAAUUCCGCAAAUUAACAUCAUGACGAAAAUGGACCUGCUGAGUAAAAGAGCUAAAAAGGAAAUUGAGAAGUUUCUAGAUCCAGACAUGUAUUCUUUAUUAGAUGAUUCUACAAGUAACUUCAGAAGCAAAAAAUUCAAAAAAUUGACUAACGCCAUAUGUGGCCUGAUUGAUGACUACAGCAUGGUUCGAUUUUUGCCUUACGAUCAGUCAGAUGAAGAAAGCAUGAACAUUGUAUUACAGCAUAUUGAUUUUGCCAUUCAGUACGGAGAAGACUUGGAAUUCAAAGAACCCAAGGAGCAUGAAGAAGAAUCGUCUUCUAUGUUUGAUGAAUAUUUUCAAGAAUGCCAGAACAAAUGAAGAGUAUGUUAACAUGGAAUUAGAUGCUUGCGAAGAGCUGUUGAAUCAAGUUUUUCUUCACUUGAAAGAAUGUGCUGCUAAAAAGUUAUUUAUUUUCCUUUUUUUUUUUUAUUUAAGUGCAACAAAAUAGUUGAUUGAAAGGAAUUUGGAGAUGGAUGUGAAGGGAGAGAAGGCGAAGAAUAUGGCUUCAUGAGCAAACGUGCUUCUCCACAGGAGACAAAAGCUGAGGGGAGAAAGAGAAAUCCAUGUUCAAGUGAGAACAUGGGCUUCUCCGGAGUGAAAAAAUCUGAAAGCUGUUUGUUUUCAUGGAAAAAAAAAAAAAUCCCAAGCAAUAAUGUGUCUAUUAUCAGCAGCGUGCCUGAAUCUAAUGUUGAGUUAGUUUGGAAUUGCUGCUGCUUAAAGCAAUCUUUUAAUAGCAUCAGGGCUGCAGACUUAAUAUAAGGGAUGGUUCGUCCUUCAAGUGCAAGAUACCCAGGUUCCAUCCCUGGCACCAUAUGUCCCUCAUAUAUCAUCAGGAGUGACCUCCAAGACUAGAGAUUGAAGUAACCUUGUACACCCAGGUACCACCCUGUGUGACCCAAAAUCUUUCCUCUCCCUCAAAGUAAAAAAAUAUUCAUAGCACCAAUUUAGAUUUCGAGAGUUUGAGGAGGCAUAGAACUAGUACUGGAGGUCGGGUGCUUGCCUUGCACGCAGCCAGCCUGGGUUCGGUCCCCAGGGCCCCUGAGAGUUAUGGAGCGUGAGCAGUCGCUAAGCUCUAAGCACAGCUAGGUGUGCCCCCCUCCCCAAAAAAGAUUUUGAAAUUGAAAUUGUAAUGAAUGUAAAUGAUUUUGUAUAUAACAAAGUAGCAAUGAUGGUCACAGCUGCUGUAGGGUAAUUUUUAUUGAUGGGGGGGCAACAGUUAUUGUAACAUACAAUUUUUUUUCCAAAGGAAAAAUACCUCGAAAAAUUAAGAUCAUUAUCUUACCUUUAUCUUUUAGUUUUCCUACACUGAAGAUUAUUUGUACAAUUAAAAGAUUUAAAAGUAACUGGUU